CCGGGAAGUCAUGCGGUACUCGAGCGCGGAGACCUCAUGGGCGAAGUUCGGGGAAGCUCGAGACUUCGCGUUCGUCGGGAGGGACGCGAUCGCGAUCGUCUCGGGCGUGUACGCGCGCUUCUUCGACUGGAGCAGCGGGGAGACGCGCAUCGAGAGAUUCGAGGGUCGCGAGAGAGGAGACGGCGCGUCUCGCGUCGCCGGGCUCUCGGUGGCUCCGAUCUUCUCUCUAGUAGAGAGGAAGUCGAACCCUCUUAUAUCGGUGUUCGUCUAUCCGUCGCUGCGACGGAUAGCGAGGUGCGCCGAGAGCAACGCGGCGACCGGUUACUCGUGUUGCGCGUUCGCUGGCACCGAAUACUUGCUCGGCCAGACGAUCCACCCCGAUUUCCGGAUCAUCCUCUGGCACUGGAGAACCGGCGAACGACUCACGGAGACGGACGCGACUGUUAUGGACCCUUCCGUUGAGUUUCGCGCGACGUUGACAUGCACACCGGACUCGCCUCUGCUGGUAGCAAGGAAGUCCACCGGGAGCACGAGCAAUGUAUCGAUUUAUCGCGUGCUAAUCUGCUCGAAGAUCGUCCGACUGUUCCCCAUCGAGACGAGAUCCAUCUCCGAUCGCGAUCCAGUCGCCGUCUCCUGGACCACCGACGGAACGUUGCUUCUCUGCGACCGGUUCGGCAACGUGGAGUGCGUCGAGAUCGACGAGGACGAAGCCGGUCGCGUUCGAACGAUCGUUCGGUCGUCCCGGAAACCUCGGCGGGAUCCUGUGCUGGUGGCUCACAGGGACGGAGCGCUGCUCGUCGUCGCUUCCGGCGAGUCGGCCGGGAAUUCGGAAGAUAUUCGUGCCACGUUCUUCAGAAGAGGACCGACGGAUGGAGGCGACUGGAGAACGGUGUGGACGAUGCCGUUGCCGUCGUACCCGAGGCGAGCGGAGAGCCACCCCAGAGACGACAAGAUCGUUCUGCUCGACGAGCGCGGCGGCACUCUGGUUAUCGUCGGGCCGUCGCGGGAUCGAGCGCCGCGCGUCGAGACGCUCGUUAAGGACGACGAAGGUUUCGAGGCGAUCGCUGCUUUGCCCGCGCCGCACGUCGCGGCGUUGAGCCGAAAAUGCAGGCUGCUGAUCCUCGACGCCGCCACGGGAGCGAUCGUCUCCGCGACGAACGCGUCUCUGAGUCAUCACGGAAAAGUGACUCGCUUCGUCUCGCAUCCUUCGAGGCCGCUUCUAGCGACGUCCAGCGACACGGGCAAUUGUCUGCUGGUCGAAACCUCGACGCCCUCGUCUCCCAGGAUCCUGUGCUGCGCUCACCUGCAGAGGGAAUCGUUGGACACGCUGAAAUUCUCCGACAACGGCGGACUUCUCGGCGUCGGUUCGUCUCAGCUCGGCAGGCUGUUCCUUCUCGGGCCGACGAGCGCGAACGUCGCGAUCGCGUUGAACGUCGGCCGUCCGGUAAUCGCGUCGAUGCACGUGGUCGACUUCUUGAUUUACGAGUCGAAGUCGCGCUCAGAGGCGACAGCCGUGGUCCUGGCAGCCGGUCGCGAGAUCGCGACGUUCUCCUGUCGGCUGAACGGCGAUUAUCGCGAGACCGCGGUGCCGGAUCACGUGAUAACGUUGCCGUUGCUUUACGAGAGCCUGUUCGCCGCGGGAAAGUCGAUUCUGGCGGUGCCGCGUCUGUCGAAAGUGUUGCAUCGCAUCGAACUCGAGUCGGAGUUCCGGGAAGCGACGCUGUGCGACGUAGUUUCGUCGCUGCACCGUGCCAGGAACAUCGAGGUCGGCCUACAUCGCAGCGGCAACUGUUUACUGAGCUGCGGUUACGACGGCACGGUCGUCGUGCGAGACGUCGCGGACUUGCGACGCGUCUGGGCGAUAUUUGCGGCUCAUCACGGGAGCGAGGGCGGAACUCGUGCCGCGGUGCUCGUCGGUGACGAGGUGAUCUGCCUUGGCCGGAACGGAGACUUGACGGCGAGCAGAAUUAUCGAGUUGGAGGGUAAACCGAGCAGAAUUGAGAAGUUCGAAUCUUUGGAAGACUCGCGCUGGAUUUCCGACGCGAAGACAGAGGCGGAUGAUUGGCAGAGCGAGACGUGGAUAGACGGGAAGAUUCGCGAACGGAACGCUGCCGAGCAGAAGCGAGACCUCUCCGCGCGUCUCUCGAUUCUCGAGGAUUUCGAGGGGUUGAAGCGUCGGAUCGCGGCGCUGCUCGAUUCGAACGAAGCGGAACCGCCGGAAGCGAGACUUCCGAUCCGCGCGUUCGAUCUCGACCAGGAGGCUCGGUCGCGUAAACUGGCGGCGGUUAAAUCAGAGGAGGAACGGCUGUCGCGGGCCUGCGAGCAGCGAAUCGACCGGUACGAUCGGGCGAGUCGAUUCCUGCGAGAGCGAUUCCUCGAUAACCUGCUCGUCGCGCCCAGCAGCGUCUCGUCUGUCUUCAGCGAAGCGAAAGUCGCCAACUAUCCUCUGCAACGAGUGUCUCCGCAGGACGAGGAUCUGCUGUCCUGGUGCCGAUUUUCCGAGAAAAUCGAGGAGACGAUCGUUAGGUUCGAGGAAGAAUCUCUGGAGCCGACGGAGGUCCACGUCGAGCGGAACCGAUUCGCGUCGCGCCACGGAUACGUUCAAGUCUGGGAGGCCAGCGUCCUCGCGGCCGAUCGCGAACGCGACGCGAAGUAUGGAACGUCGCCUCCCUCCGCGCAGAUUCGCUUCAACCGAUUAUUCGAGGAGAUUCGCUCGGCGAAGGAGAAAGAGGCCGACGCGGCGACCGAGCUGGCUGCUGAAACGCGCCGCUGCGUCGACGAACUGAUGCGGACGUUCCGCGUGGACGCGACCGACAAGCUCCUGGACGCGUCCAGAUGGCGAACGGAGAACCGCCGGUCCGACGGAGGCAGAGUCGAAGCUGAGGUCGAGACGAGGCCGAAAACUCCGUCGGAGGACGACGCGUUCCGGCGAUCGAUGCUCGAGCGAACGAUGGACGGCGUGCUGGAAGUCGGACUAGAGGAGAACGCGAAGAGGAGCAUUCCAGUGCCGGACUGCCUCAUCCGAGGCGAACCUGCCGGAGGAUACACGAGAGAGGACGCCGAGGCGGUCGCCGCGUACGAGGAGAAGAUGCGCGCGCUCCGAGCCGACCGUCGAGCGUACAGGUCGACGCUCGAGGAGAAGAUCGAGCGAGCGAGAGAGGAGUUCCGUAUCCGCGCGGAAUCGUUCGACUCGCGGCUGAAGGAUCUGGCGACGGAGAAGAUCCGCGUGGAGCGAUCGGUGCUGUUCGACCGGUUCGUCGGCGCCUGGACGAUCCUCUGGCACCGGCGCGUUGCCCGACGCAGGAGCGAGAUCCGCAGCGCGGUCGAGCUGCAGGUGACGCCGGCGGCGCGGAGGGUGCGCGCCCUCGCCGCGGAGUGCGAGCAAUUCGAGGCCGGCCUGGCCGAGCUGCGGAACCGGUACGAGAGCCUGCGCAAGCGGGACAAGCUGCUCGAGGAGAAGUUCCGGGCGGAUCUGCUCGAGUCGAAGCAGCCGAUGGCGGCGGAGCUGCUGCUCCGGCAUUACCGGAAGCGGCCGAAGCCCGUGUCCGCCGCCGCGUGCGGCACGUCGCCGGCGUUCCUCCGCGAGCUCGCGGAACGCGUGCUCGACCGGGGCGAGUCGGAUCUGCUGCCGAGGGACUGGUUCGGCUAUCUGCGAGGAGUGCGGGAUCUGGACGCGAUGCCGGACAGCCCGCCGUUCAGGAUCGAGGCGGACCAGUGGCGAGACGCGUGCGCGCUCCGGAGGUUGAAGAUCGAGGCGGAGAUCAAGGUGCGAAGCUGCGCGGUCGAGCUGGCGGAAGCGGAACAGAGUGUGGCGUUCUGUCGAAGGACUUGCUCGAACGCGCGCGCGGCGGCGAGCCGGCGCAAGGAGACGGUGCAGCGUCUGGAGAAGGCGCUGCUCGAGCUGCUCGACGACCGGGAGGUCCCGUUGCUUCUGAGGACCGGGCAGCUGCGGCAGCAGCCGAGCGGCGGCUCGACCUCUGACUGGGCGGAGGCGUUGCUGAUUCCGCGCCGCGAACUCCGCCGCGUGACCGAGGCUAUCGCGGCGACCGGGCGGCGAAAACUGACCGAGCUGCGCCGGCUGGUGAACCUCCGGAGGACCGCUUCGCGCGAGGAAUGGCGACUCGCCUGCCUCCAACGGGCGGCGGAAGAUCUGCGGGCGCGAGCCAGAGAUCUGGCCAAUGUCAAGUCGAGCAAGAUCGUGCAGCUGUGCGCGAGAUCCGAGCUGCCGGAGUCUAAGAUCGAGAGGAGCUUGCAGGCGCGGCGAUCGCACCUCGAGCGGACGGCGCGGAGGGAGAGGGCCAGGUUGACGCGCGUCGCGAGCGAGACGCGCACCUGGCGUAGGAGGAACUCCGAGAUGAACCUGCGGAUCGAUCGGGAGAGGGCCGAGAUCGACGAGCUUGCGACGGCCGCCCGCGAUCCCCUGCGCUCGAGAGCCGCCGCUUUCCGCAAGAGGCGAGUGCGCGCGAUAAGGAGGAAAGCGAGCCUCGCGCGAGCGGUCCGCGAGCACUUCGAGGAGCUGCUGCUUCUCGAGAGCCGGCUGGAAAUUUCCAAGCUCAGAACGUAUCCAACCUUGACGACGAGACUGAAGAUCUGAGGCGAGUCGCGAGCCGAGUCGCCGUUGAUAGGCGACUCGCCGCGUGUCCUUUCCGCCGGGACGCGGGGAAGCCGGAGAUUUAAUUUCCGUUUCAAUUCUAGACGAUUCGCAAACGAGUUUGCAGACUUUCGCGAGCGGCUGGGUUCCCGGUUGCGAGGACGGAGCUGUCGAACUCUUGAAACUAAGGAGAAUGACGUGGAACGUCGAGGAAUAAUCGUCGUUUCACGUACGCGAAGCAGCUCCGCGCUCGUCAGCGUUUAUUCUCUUCCUCCUGACCUCGGCUCGCGUCGUUAUCGUCACACCCAGUUCCAAUUUGAUUCAAUAAGUCUCGAUCAGCCGGGAAUUCCCGGCGAUUAUCUGCACCGUUGGAUUUUCCGUCUCGCGGUCUGGUUUUCCGCUUGCGACGCCGCGACAGAACGGUCGGCGCGGGCUCCCCAAGGUCGUAGGUCAUCGCCACUAUCGAGGCUUGUUUUCGCCGCUGCGACUGUUACGGGGACCGGUUAUCUGCGCCGCCGUGGCUUCGAGAUAAAUCCCGAACCGCGAGCGCAUCUCGACCUUGACACGCGAGAGACGGGGAAUCCACGGCGAGCCGUUUCGCAGGCGACUCGCGUCCCGCGUCUCGUACGCGCGGCGCGUCCGACCGGCCAAUCGGCGGCGGCCGUCCGGCGGCGAGGCCCUCGAGAUCGCCGCGACUCCCCGCGAAACGUAGGA